AGUUUAAAUGUAGCUCUAGCCGCUCGUGCUUUGAAUUGUCACCGUGUUGCUGUUGGCCAUGCCGUCUGCUAGAUGCUCUCCCGAGAACCGUUUCAAUGUUAAGGCUACCACAAAAAGGUUAUCAAUGGACGAGAUGCUUCAGAAACGUUGGUUCCUGCUUGCCGCUAAAGUUUUCGUCCAAUCGUCAGUCAACAUCGGGAGUGGCGUACGUGCUGACGUCUUGCAAUGUUUCGUGCGAGCUGGAUUAUUGGUGUGGCGCUUUUCGCGUCACAUCUGCACCUGGCAGCGGCGGAAACUGUAUCCAUACCGAGAGUCUGUCUGAAUGGGGCGUACGACAGCAAGGGAAAUUGUGUUUGCAAUCCGGGCUUCAGUGAGUACAAGGGUAACUGCUUUCGAACGCAAGGCCCAUCGAUCUGCCCGCCAGGAUCGAUCAUGUGGAAUGGAGUGUGUCAACCAACAGUUCUACCACCGAUUCGGGAUGUCGUUCCGGCGCAGGAAACGUUCGUUGUCGUUCCUCCGCUGCGAGUUACGCUACCCAUUCCCGAGCAGCCGGAUCCGCUCGAUCCGACCAACGUGGAGGAAACAGCACCGGACGAUGAGGACGAUAACGAGGACGAGCAUCCCGUGCACACGUCACCGAUUCGCGACCACUACUUCAACGUGACCUACCAGCGAAUCGUCAACAAUCACAAUGUAAUACACAACGAGACCACUCACAAUACGCACAACGUUAACAACGUGGUAGUUACGCUAACUCGCAGAAAGCUCAACGGAGCCAUCAGAACGGUCGUGAUAAGAAACAACGAAACAACCGUACAUGAGGACGAACCACGCGCUAGGCAAUCGAACAGUACCGAUGCUUCUGGAAGUGUGGACUGCACGGACCGGCCAACCACAACCACCGUGGUGCCGUCCGUCGAGAAUAUACCGUGCUGUACGAUCGUUUCGCCAAGAGUUUGUCAAAAGCAGACGGAUGAGUGGGUUUGCUUUCAUCGCAAGCAGUACGUGUGUAGCAAGGUUUGCACCGCCAAGGUGAUGUACUUAAGGCCGAGGAAACCACGCUACCGCCAUCCCUGGUUGAUAAUGCCGCCGAUGACGAACUACUACACUGCCCCGCUCGAACCCUGCCGAAUGGGGAAGUGUCCACCACCAGAUUGUUCCGGCUGUCUGCAAGGCAGGAGCCGAUGCCAUCCGAUGUGCUACACGUACGACUGCAUGAAGGAUGACAGCUGUGAAUUUGUCGAUCAGGAGCUGAUCUGUAAGGAUAGGUCGGACCAGAUAUGUGUUUUGCUGCAAGAGCAAUCAUACACGCUACAACCGCCAAAAAGCCAGACAAAACAAAACGUGUAGCAAUAAUCAUACGUGAUCGAUUGUAUUUCUACA